AUGCCGUACAACUACGUGCUGGACCAGGACUACCGCAGGAACCUCAAAGUGCUCGAGAUGAGAGGAGCCGUUCUCAUCUUUGAUGAGGCGCACAACCUGGAACGCCUCCUAGCAGAUCAAGCCUCGGUGCAGCUCUCCACGUCGCUCCUCUCCGCCUGUGCAGCUGAAGCCGCCAAGUGUGUCGCCAUUGCCACUGCCCGCGUUGCCUUUCCACCCUCCAGCAGCCAAUAUUCGGAGGGGGGGAGCUACAUCUAUGAGUUCCUGGCGCAGCUCAACAUCAAUCAUGUCACCGUGAUGUCCCUGUUUGCCACUGUGCAACACGCAUUGCUGCUUCUCACUGAUGAUGCUGCAGCGUUUUCACCAGGCGAAGCAGAGGCUGGUGGAGCCGCAGAGGCAGGCGGGGACCAGGGGAAUGCGGGCGCGGAGGGAGGAGGGGCGUCAGGGCGAGGAGCAGGAAACCCGGCGAUGUCGUUCCGGCUGGAGCAGCUGUGGGCGGCGCUGCAGCUCAUCUUCCCGCCCACUGGGCCCACCUCCCACGCCAGUUCCUUCAAGGUGUGCAUAACAGAGCGCAGGGUGAAGGCAAGGAAAAACGCGUCAGUGGCUGCGCCCUCAGUGGUUCGAACGCUCAACUGGUGGUGCUUCGACCCGGGCCUCGUGAUGCAGCAGAUCCGAGUAUUGGGGGUGCGCUCCAUGCUGCUCACCAGUGGCACCCUCUCCCCUUUACAGCCUUACGCUUCAGAGCUGAGAGUCCCCUUCCAGCAGCAGCUGGAGAACAGCCAUGUGAUCAGCCAGGAGCAGGUGUGGGCGGGUGUGCUGCCGGUGGGGCCGUCAGGGGUGGCCCUCAACUCGGGCUUCAAGACGCGCUCGCAACAUGACUACCUGCACGACAUGGGCUCUGCUAUAGUCAACAUAUGCCGCAUCGUCCCGGGCGGCGUGCUUGUCUUCUUCCCCUCCUACUCGUGCAUGGACUCGUCAAUUCAAGCCUGGCAGCUGCCCCCUGCAGGGCGACACGAUUCGGCAGCAUUAUCGGUGUGGCAGCGCAUCGGCAUGCAGAAGCAGCCGGUGGUGGAGCCACGAGACUCGGCGCUGCUCGGUGAAGCCAGGGAGGACUAUGUGAGGAAGCUAGAGGAGGAGGGGUCAAAGGGUACAGUGCUGUUUGCCGUGUGCAGGGGCAAGGUGAGUGAGGGAAUCGACUUUGCCGACCAUCUGUCCCGUGCUGUCGUCAUAACGGGCAUCCCAUAUGCGCAGCAGCUCAGCCCACAGGUGGUGCUGAAGAAGGAGUAUUUGGACGAGCGGGUCACAGCCCACCAGCACCACCUGUACCAGCAUCCAGACGCCGUUGCUUCCAUGUCGCCAGUAUCAGGAGCGCAGUGGUACACGCUCGACGCCAUACGAGCUGUGAACCAGGCAGUGGGGCGAGUGAUUCGCCACCGUCUCGACUUCGGCUCAAUUAUCCUGCUGGAUGAGAGGUUCGCAGAGCCCAAGCUCAAGGACCGCCUCUCCAUGUGGAUCCGCCCUGCUCUCAAGGUCUACAGUGGGUUCGGUAAGGCGGCCUUUUCUCUCACCAAGUUCUUCCGCAGCCAGCCCAACGGAGCCCACCCCAAGCCCGCCUGCCCAGACCCAACCGCCCCAAGCCCCACCCAUUCGCCCACCCACAUGCAUCCUGCUGCUGCCGCCGCUGCUGCUGCUCCCACCACCGGCGCCUGCCCCAUGAGCACCAAGCACGCUGCAGAAGCCGCUGCUGCUGGUCUGCCAGGAGUGGACGUUCUUCCCCCGUUCCUCUCCAGCCAGUCCCUGCUCGAUGCAGACCCCUUGCUGGUGCCAGCAGCCAAUGAGGUGUCGGCAGCAAGGCGCCAGGGAGCGGCCACGAGGGGGAAGGCGAGCAGCGGCGAUGGGAACGAGGGUGUUGUCAGAGACAGAAACGCUGCAGGAGGCGAUGACAGGAGUCAGGCUGGUGGAGAGGUGAAGCUUGAGGGUGGCACGGCAGGGAAGAACUCGCGAGUGCCAUCUCUCUUCUCCACCACCAUUCCCCGCCUGCCUGUAACCUCCACCUCCUCGCUGCUCGCUGCUGCUUGUGCCCACGAUGGAGGGGUGGAGGAUAAAGGUGGGAUGGGAAGGAGGGGUGCAGGGAGGAUGAAAUGCGACGGUGCAGAGAGGCGGAUGGAGGGUGGAGAUGCAGCGAUGAGAAUUGGAGGUGUUGAGAUGAGGAUGAACGGUGGAGAUUCAGAGAGGAAGAUGAAGGGUGGAGAUGCAGGCAAUAGGAAGGCGAGCGGGGAAGGAAGUGAGUGGAACGAGCAGCAAACUGAAAGAGGGACGGGAUCAGCAGGUGCAGGAGAAGCAUUGGGAGGAGCAGCAGUGGGCGAUGGGGAUUGCCUGAGAGACCCUGGCGGUUGUGGCAGCGGGGGUGCACCACCUCGGACCGGGGCUGAAGCUCAUCCCAUGGGGCUGCAGCAGGCUGGGGCUGAAACUGAACAAAUGGGGCUGCAGCAAGACAGCAGAGGAGCCUCUCGGAACGAAGACUCUUUGGCAGGCCCACGGGGUGAAUGUUUAGCAUCAGAGGGGUUCCUCAGGAGUAGAAGAGCAGCAAGCUGCCAGGGGAAUGAUGCAUGGAGCACAAGAGCAGCAGGUUCGCAAGGGAGUGGUGCAGGGAGUCUUGCCACCCGGGAAGGGAGUGGUGCAAAAAGAAGCCGUGCUACGAGGGAGGAGGAGAACAGGCGGGCACGCGAUUCCGAGAAAGCCGAGCGCAGGUUCGGCAGCCCCCAGCAGCAGCAGCAGCAGCAGCAGCCCGUCUUUUCCUCUGCUUCUCAACCAGCAGCGGUGCCAGUGGGUGAUGGAGCGGUGUUGAGCGGUGGUGCAGUGUUGGCCACUCGCACUGACCUGCUGCAUUCACUAGCAUCGCUCUUUGCGGCCUCCAACCAGCUGCCGUUGCUCGCAGGUUUUGAUGCUUUUCUCAGCAAGCAAGAGGACAAAGCUACACUCAAGGAGUUGUUAGGAGAGACAGCUGGGUAA